ACUGUCAAUAAAUCCGGAAUUAUUUUAUAAGGAUUGACUAAUGGCCAAGCCUAUGUUUCUAAUUAAAUUGUGACUGCGGUUAAUAUUCGUGUUAGAAUAGUUUAAGAAGUUUAUUUACAGCUAUGGUCGUCAAAGUAUACAUUAGUGGUAUUUCUGGGAAUAAAGAGGUAAAGAAGCGACAACAACGUGUUUUGAUGAUAUUAGAUUCGAAAAAUAUAAAAUAUGAUGUCAUUGACAUAACGGAACCUGGAAGAGAGGAUGAUAAAGAUUUUAUGCAAAACAAUGCCAAGUCAAACGGUGGCACUGUUAGUGAUCCUAAUCCACGGUCACCUCUUCCUCCACAAAUAUUCAAUGAUGAGGAAUACUGUGGGGAUUACGACCAAUUUGAUCUAGCCAACGAAGUAGACACUUUGGAACAGUUUCUUAAAGUAGAAGUGCCAUUAGAAGAGGAGACAUCUCAAGCUGAAACUGAAAAGGCUGUGAAUGGAAAUGUUGAUGGACAAAAAUCAAAGGAAAACUCACAAGAAAGGGAAACAGAAAAAAGUGGUUCACCUAAAGAAGGAACCCCUGUCAAAGAUAAAACACCUUCAAGAGAAGCUACUCCGGCAAGCGGCGAGAAGUCAAAGGAGGGUACGCCUAUUGAUGAGACACCACAAGAGAGGCAACAGUCAGUCGAGAAAGAAGGCACUCCAACAAAACCUGAAGAUGAAGUAGAAUCUAAAAAAUCAUCAAAAGAGAAUACACCAGAAAAAGAAGAAUCUGUAAAUGAAAAUGGAACAGUCAGCUCUCGUGAACAAUCUGAGGAGAAAGAAACAGCAGACGAGGAAGAUACCGAUGCUGUGGAAAGGAAAAAAGAUAACCCAUCAGAGGCUCUGAUUCAAAGCGAACAGGCCGCGGCAGCCGAGUAAUGGCCUUGACUGGAUACUUGCUUCUCAGCUCAAAUCAAGCCCCUUUAGCAUUAAGCAAGCACUAUCAUUAAGUCUGUUCUGUUAUUUAUGAUCAUUAUUCACUUCUUUGGCCUGAUUAGUCAUUGUAUAUAAUGCGAAGAAGUAUAUGUUGAGAACUUGUGUUAUGUGACAGUGUAGUUACAUGUUUUCUAUGAAGUGGCCUAUAUUAUCAUAAUUAUAAAUCAUUAGAUUUUAUUAAUCAAUUUUAAUGAAGUUCCAGAUUAAGAGUCUUAUUUAACAAUUUUACCUUUCAUUAAGGCUUUGUAUUAUUUUUAAAGUAUUAAUAAUGUUCAUCUCUAUUUUAUAAAUUAAUAAAAUUUUUAUAUACACGUAAAAAUAUGAGUUAAGAUUAUAUGUCGUAAGAGAGUAUCUGAAUGUCCUUUUUUGCUGUAUUAUUGUCAACAAUCAUGUUGAAAAAUGGUAACUAUUAUCCUAAUGGGUGCUGCUUGUUUAGAGUUAUUAUAUCUGGAAAUAGUAUAGCAUAAAUGUACAUUCUUAUCUUACACACUUUUUGGUUGUAAUACCCUACCUUUUGUGACAGAUGUAUUUCAUGAAUUAAUAUUAAAGACAAUUUUUAUUUAACAAUUUUUUCAUACGAUUAUAUAAAAAUGAUAUAAUUAUAA